AAUGAUUUACAAGUGUAGGCAGGUACCAUACAGCACUACAGCUCUGAGCGUGAUAUUCCACAAACCAGUGACACUCACACGGUCUCAGAAAACCUGCUCUUGAGGCUUCGAAGAUGUUGAGCUACCUGUCCUUUUUAUCAACACAGACAUGGACGCUGCUCCUGCUGUUCCUGGGACUGUUGUUGGUGUAUGGAUACUGGCCUUAUGGAAUCUUCAAGAAGUUGGGGGUCUCUGGUCCAAAGCCAGUGCUGUUUUUUGGAAAUAUGCUGAACUACAAAAAGGGACCCCACAAUUUUGACAUGGAAUGUUUCCAGAAAUAUGGCAAGAUGUGGGGAAUUUAUGAUGGGCGGCAGCCUGUUCUUACCAUCAUGGACACAGAGUUGAUCAAAACUGUCCUGGUCAAGGAAUGCUACUCAUAUUUCACCAACAGACGGAAUUUCCGCCUCAAUGGACAGCUGUAUGACGCUGUGUCCAUAGCUGAGGAUGAAGACUGGAGAAGGAUCCGUAGUGUACUGUCUCCAUCUUUCACCAGUGGCCGUCUGAAGGAGAUGUUUGGGAUCAUGAAGACCCACUCACACAACCUGGUGAACAGCAUGAAGAAGGAUGCAGACCUGGGCAGGCCAUCAGACACUAAAGAGUACUUUGGCGCUUACAGCAUGGACGUGGUGACCAGCACUGCUUUCAGCGUGGACAUCGACUCCCUCAACAACCCCAAAGACCCCUUUGUCACCAACAUCAAGAAAAUGUUGAAGUUUGACCUGCUUAACCCACUCUUCCUGAUUGUUGCUUUCUUCCCCUUCAUGGCGCCCAUCUUAGAGAAAAUGAAUUUUGCCUUCUUCCCCGUCUCUGUGACGGACUACUUCUAUGCUGCACUGCAGACCAUUAAGUCUCAGAGGGAAGCCGACUCUCACCAGAACCGAGUGGACUUCCUACAACUGAUGAUGGACUCCCAGGCCCCUCAGAAAGAAGAGAAUGGAACCGGAGAUGGCGCUCACAAAGGACUGAGUGAUCACGAGAUUCUGUCUCAAGCGAUGAUCUUUAUCUUUGCCGGCUACGAGACCAGCAGUUCUACUAUGAAUUUCCUGUUCUACAAUCUGGCCACAAACCCAGAUACCCUGAAGAAGCUCCACGAUGAGAUUGAUGAAGUCUUCCCAGACAAAGCUGAAGUCCAGUAUGAAGCCCUGAUGCAGAUGGAAUAUCUGGACUGUGUGAUAAACGAGACGCUGCGUCUGUAUCCACCUGCUGCUCGCCUCGAGAGAGUCUGCAAGAAGACCGUGGACGUCGGUGGUGUCAUCAUCCCUAAGGAUAUCGUUGUCAUGGUGCCCACCUUUGCUCUUCACAGAGACCCGGAAGUCUGGACUGACCCCGAGAGCUUCAAACCAGAGAGGUUCAGUAAGGAGAACAAGGAGAACAUUGACCAGUAUACCUACAUGCCGUUCGGACUCGGCCCCAGGAACUGCAUCGGGAUGCGCUUCGCUCUCAUCAGCAUGAAGUUGGCCAUCGUGGAGCUGCUGCAGAGAUUCACCAUCAACACCUGUGCCGAGACCGAGAUUCCAGUAGAGUUGGACACCAUGGGCCUUUUGGCUCCUAAGAGACCCAUCAAGCUGCAGCUGUCUCUUCGGUCCGCUGGAGCACAGCUGACACCCCGAGGCUGAGCGCCCACAUGCACUGGGGUGCCAAUCAUGCACCAUAUGAUCCACACAUACGUAAAACAUUGAUUUGUUUUCCUUUUGCUUGUGUACUUAACUUUGUAUGUUGUUAUUUGUAACAAUGUUAUAAGUAACAAUUAUUCAUGUUAUUUUUGAUUGAAGCAUCCGCACAUAAAUUACAGACCAACAGUGCCUAAAACGGCACACCACCAUAUAUGGUUUAUGCUUUAUGCUUGCUAAAGCACAUUAUGAGAUGUGCAUGCAAGCUCUAUCACAACAGAUUUUGUCAUGCAAGUGCUGUACAUGAGAUUCCAGACCCAAAUCUGAAAGAUUAAGGGUCUGGCCACAAAUAAUGUAAUGGAUAACACUAUACGACCAAUGUUAACUGACUGAUUCCGGACUUUGACGCAAUUGGAUAACACUACGACUGUCAUCUGUUUAGCUCGCCUCUGGCCCGCCUAUAUCAGAUACACAAAUGUGAUUUGUUCCCCGCGAUGCAAGGGGAAAAAGUUACGUGCAUCAUUACUCAUUGCCAGAGUCUCUCAAGCUAAUACUUCUGCGAGAACUCUGGAUUCCCAGGGUAGUACAUGACAACUGUGAUUCCUACAUGUUUUUCAUAGGUCUUUUCAAUAAUGGGCAACAUGAAUUUGAAAUGGCCUUUGCUCUACAGUAGAUCGUUCCUCUAUCUCUCUUGUUAAGGUGAUUUGUUUAAUGAGGAUGGUUUUAAGAUGCUGGAGUUGUAAAUGCACUUAUCUUGGCAGACACUGUUUAGAGAACUCAAGCUCACCAGUUAUCAGUAGCCUGGCAACCUGUCCUCUUGCCCUACACCAGGCUCACCUCAGUAGACAUCUUGGCAUCAACAAGACACUUGCCCUACAGGCUCACCUCAGUAGACAUCUUGGCAUCAACAAGACACUUGUUGUUGUGACACUUGUAUAGCUGUAUUAGCUCUAUUGUCAUAGAAACUUAAAUUCUUACUUACUAACUUGUGAUUUAACACAUUCCAUAAAAGAUGGAAUUUAUUACUUACUUACUAACAUUUAUUAAUCACACCUGGGUAUUAACCGCAGUGCCCAAGAGUCCAAUGAGUUUUAGUCAUGAAGAAGAAUGAAGAAAAUAAAUCCAUUCCCAUGUAUAGUCCACCCCUGUGUAUUAACUUCAUCGCUGAGGAAAAUGUGCAAAAUCAAUGUAUAAACCUUUACUACAGUA